AACGUCUGUCUUCCAACCACAGGGCCAGAAGCACAAGCGAUCUACUUGGCAGCAAGGGAGGCGUUCGCGGCUCGCACUGAAUGUCUGGAGAUCCUUAAUGCCGAGGAGAAAGGGGUCGGGGACAUCUCACCCAUUUUGCUCACCUAUUGUGGCUUGCACUUUCCGCGGGGUACAUUUGUGGAGUUUGCCCGAACGCAGCGAUGGCGUCGGGGAAAAGGCGCUGGGAUGGGCACGUGGAACUUCAAGGUUGGGCAAGCAAGGAAGGCAAGUGUUUCAGGGUUUCCGACACCGCAGGAAUUGGAUGAAGGGGGAUUCUGAUUGGACGAGCGAUUCGUGCGUCUGGGGCUGGACCUGUGAGAACUUCCUGUAAUCCGUUGCUAGGGCUUCACAAGGGCAAGGGAUACCUGGUGCCAUGUCGUACGAUACUUUUGCGGGGAAGCUCUGGAGCUGUUAGCUCCGCUGAUAGCUAUGAGUCCGUGGAGGGGCACAAGAGCUCCUCUUGUCAAGCUUUCUUAUCGUUUCAAUCUGCUACAUGCUAAAACAA